UUUGGCAGAUGUAUCCCGUUGACAUAUGCGCUUCCUUAUAAACACAGUUUGGCGCGGCAGUGUCAGUUCGAAACAGUUCCUGUAUCGGUCACGUGACUUUCUUAAAGCGAUACGCGCACCGACACGGGGUUUUGCUCUAUGAGCUCGACGCAUGUGGUGACGCAUCGGUGUUGCCGGACCCAUCACUAGUUGUCUCCUUAUAAUUGUUCCCCGGUCAACUUCCGGCCCUUCUUUAGUUCCACAACACGCAAGAAUUCAGCUGUCAGGAAAAGUUGGUGCCAUGAGCGCUAAUACGUCCGGUGGGAAUGUUUGUGUGUCUCUACGAAACCUACUGAACUCCAUCCAGUGCAUCAGAGACCGAGUUAGAGAUGGAGAGUCCAAUGAGACAGAUGGAGCCUUCAACCUGUCCAACUUCUGGGAGACUCUGAACCAGGCAGUGAGUGCUGUGUCCCAGGAAGCCACUAAACUCAGCCUGGCCUUCUCCAAGCCUCCGUUGCCAUCGCAACAGGAUGGAGAGAAGUUGGCAGAGUCCAUCCUGAAGAGUGUUCUGACUCUGUCCACAGUGUAUUACUGGUUGCCUAAGAGCCAAGGUGUCAGUCUGCGGCGACAGGUCAGAGACGCCACUGUCUCUGUUCUGGAGGGAGUCGCCCAGUUGGUGGAAGUCAUACUGAGCUCACCGCUGCAGAGUCUGACCCAGGAACAGUUGACAUCGACAGGAGGUGUGUGGUCAGCCUGCGACCAGCUCGCCCACCUGCCACAAGAUAAUAAAGCAGCAGUUCUGGUGGUUCUGUCUGCUCAGAGUGGAGUGGUGAAAGACGCUAUAGAGGAAAUUGAACAGGCGUUGUCCGAGGUCCAGGAUCCGUUUAGUGAUGUUCUUGACGAUGACCAGGAAGAGGAUGAACCUCGAGGCAACCGGGACAUGUACUGGUCAGAGAAGGAUCGGCGUGUGAUUGGUCCGUGCCAGGGGCUGAUGAAGGCGUCAGCGGCGUGCCUGAGGAAGCUGAUGUCUGCCGUCAGAAUCAACGGGGAUGUCGGUGUGGCUCAGAACGUGGCCCAGCUCGAUGACCUGGCUGACAUCACCAAGGAAAUCAGUCCUGGUGUCGAUGAUCUGGCUCUGUGUCUCUACCCCCCCAUGGACUACAGUGGUGUAGAGAACAAUGUGUCUAAACUGGCAGUGCUUUUAAAGAAAGUUCUGGAGAUUAUCAGGUCCAGUCAUGUGUGUGGGGAAUCUGAGCUGACCUGGGUUCAGUUCUUAGAUGGAGCUGUGGAUCACAACCUGCAGAAAGCCACAGACCUUAUCCAGCAGGACAGCUAGUGUGGUUAUGCACCAGUGUGUAUAUGGAAUGAAUGGCUACACUGGUGGGUGUGGGGUUGUGUGUGUGUGGGAUGCAUAUAAAAGAUUUCUAAACACACGUGUGCAUAUAUUAAGUAACAAAAACAAAGGACUGGUCAUUACCUGAACUCUUCUGUAGAAAGAAGCACCAUUAAAUAAUGUGUUGAAGUUCAACAGGUGUAGAUUGUUGAUUAUAAAAGUCCAAGUGAAGUAUUAUUUAAAAUGUCACCUAAUUAAAAUGACAAACCACUUUACCUUGAAACUGAACAGCAAGAAGACACAAAUUACUAAUAAGAUCUAAAUUUAAAAUGUGAUUACGGUGGAGGCGAGGAGUGUGAUGGAUACUAUUUGCUCUUGUGAGUUCUGAUUAAACUAAACCAGGAUAAAACUAACUUUGAGCUAAUGUGAGCAGAAAAAU